UAUAAUACCAACUUAUUGUCCAAAGAGCGAUGUGACCGAAGUGUAGUAUUAAUAUUAAUUGCCACACGAAAGUCUAACAAAUACAAGAAAACUAUUUUGGACAAAUGGGAGGAUCGAGCUACGAUGUUCUGCGGAAGCAGGCGAGGAGCCUGGAGAACGAGAUCGACCUGAAGCUGGUGGCAUUCAGCAAAAUCGGAGCAGGCAGCGGCGGAGGAGGAAGUGGCGGAUUGGGAGGCGUUGACACAUCGCCGCUCCUGGGCGAGCACGUCUUCGAUUCGCUGUCGGAGGAGAUCGAGCAGAUGCUGGAGAAGUUAUCCUCGCUCAACGAAUCCAUGUCGGACCUGCCCGCCUCGGGAGCUGCCGCCAUGCACACCCUGCAGAGGCAUCGGGAAAUCCUGCAGGGCUAUCGGCAGGAGUUCAACAAGAUAUGCGCCAACCACACAAUGCGAAUCGAGCGGGAGGAGUUGCUCCGUGGCUCUGGACUGGCCACCAGCUCUGGCAGUCCCUCAAUCUCCGGCCUGAGCCGGCGGGAGAUGUACUUGAAGGAGAGCGGGCACCUGAACAGCGCCAGUCACCUGGUCAACGACCAGAUCAACAUCGCCAUCGAGACGCGUGACCACCUGCACGCCCAGCGACAGGCCUUCAAGCGGCUGCAGACCCGCUUCAACGAUAUCUCCAAUCGAUUCCCACUGAUUAACAGUCUCAUUCAGCGCAUCAAUAUCAAAAAGCGACGCGACUCGCUGAUCCUGGGAGCAGUUAUCGGCUUUUGUGUGAUCUUGCUGCUGCUCUACGCCUUCAACUAGCGACUUGCCGUCCCGACUUGGCCAAAGAUAGAGCUUGCAUUCAACUCCAUUACAGACAAUUGCAAUUUUCGUUUGUUUCCCCUUACGGUAUAUGUGUAUGAUUAACUUGUGAUAGCAAUAAAAUUUACUCUAUAAGACGA